UGGAAAGCGACGGAAAAGUAAUGCGCACAAAUGGCAUUUUAACGUUUUAACGUGUAGUGAAGCUGCAGUAAUAUACUCGACUGAAGCCAGGAAACAACUGGAAAUCUUCACCGACAGGCCAUCGGGAACUCUUAUGCAAGACAGACACUAAACAGCUGGUUUUCAAUGCAUCUAACAAGACCAAAGUCCUCGAAAGGACGAAGCAGGCCUGCUGUCAACAACACAGACAGCAUCCAGAGGACACCUGUGUCUCCGGAGUCUCCUGUAUACAGCAGGCCGGACAGAAACCUCCGCUCCCAGUCCCAGCCCAUCAUGUGGCAGACCAGCCAUCUGAGCCAGGAUGAAGUUCUGCACAUGCUGCAACACGCUCCUGCUGCUCCACCACAGUCCUUGAACAAGUACAAAGUCCUGCCAUCCAUAGAGAGGAGGCAGUCAGAGGUGAGUCCAGGGAGAAGCCUGGACAAAGACAUGUCCAAGCUCACCCUGUCUGAUGGUGCUAUCCUGCAGCAAAGGCAGAGGCAGCAGGAGCCAGAUCUCCCCACAGCACAGACCAGCACCUCUGAAGGGGACACCAGGGCUGAUGGGCCAUUCAGGAUCUGGCCAAUGCCACUAGACCCAGGACCAGUAACAACCAAAGCAGCUGGUGCCUGUGGCAGUUUGCUGUUGGCUAUCAGAGCACCAUGUGGCAGGAGGUUCCAGCAGCACUUUGAGCCUACAGACACUCUGCUGAUGGUGAGAGCCAGUGCAGAGGCCAGGUAUGGAGCCAAGUAUGGAGAGGCCUCCAUUGAGACUAUGGAUGUGCCACGGAGGAGCUUCACAGACAUGGAUAUGACUUUGGCCCAGUGUGGCAUCUUGAACAGAUCAGUGCUGUGCAUUUCUCAGAAUGACGGCUGUGUGGUGGAGCACGACUGAAAUGAAAUCAUUUUAAGAUUCUCUUUUGCAGUUGACAUUUGCCUCUGUGGUGGUAUUUAAAGUCCCCCUCCACUCUAAAACACGUUUUGCUUAUUGUUAUUUGGAUGUUUGAUCUCUGACCACUGUGCAGAAUGAUGUUUCUCUGUGCUCACCUUAAAUCAUAAGUUUAAGAUGUUUAAAUACAAGCAUGAUCUGUGGAGCCAAUCCUGGUCCAAUAUGCAAUUCACAGAAGUGUGAAGUGUGGAAACUAAAACCUUCAGCACACAUACACUAAGAAUUAACUUUUUUCUUUUAAACAGCAGGCAUCCUGUGUCC